AUGGCUUUCUCCCCCCAACACCACCACGGUUGUAAUCACCACAGCGAAAACAACCACGCCGACCACGACAGCGACAACGACACCAAAAUCAAAUACACCCUCUCCAAAUCCGGCCGUCCCUACACCCUCUCCCACAAAAUUUAUUUCCUCCGCACAUCCUCGUCCUCCUCCUUCUCCUCCUCCUCCUCCUCCGAUGACAACAGAAACCAUCCAAAAACCAUCCCCAUCUCCCCCUUCCACGACAUCCCCCUCUUCCACUCCCGCCACCAAGAAAUUUACAACAUGAUCGUCGAAAUCCCCCGCUGGUCCCAGGCCAAAUUCGAAAUCUCGCGCUCUUUACCUCUGAACCCCAUCGUCCAAGACGUUUUAUCCGCCCAUCCCAACCAACCCCGGUUCGUGCCUAACCUGUUUCCUUACAAGGGAUACCUCUGGAACUACGGCUGUCUGCCGCAGACGUGGGAGUCGCCGCACUACAAGGGUCCAGACGCGGACGCGGCGGAGGGCGCAAGGGGGGAUAACGACCCGAUUGAUGCGUGUGAGAUUGGUACGCGCGUGGCGUACACGGGGGAGGUGAAGCAGGUGAAGGUGCUGGGGGUUUUGGGACUGGUGGAUGCGGGGGAGAUGGAUUGGAAGGUGUUGGUGGUGGAUGUGAGGGAUAAGCUUGCCCAAAAGGUGGAUGAUGUAAAGGAUGUGGAGAGGGAGUGUCCGGGUUUGUUGGAGGCGACGAGGGAUUGGUUCACGUGGUAUGGGGUUCCGGAGGGGAGGAAGAAGAAUAGAUUUGCGUUGGGCGGGGAGUGGAAAGGGAGGGAGUAUGCGGUUGGGGUGAUUAAGGAGUGUGAGGAGAUGUGGAAGGAGUUGGUGAGGGGGGAGGUGGAGGGGAGUGAGGAUGUUUGUUUGAAAAACACGACGCUGGAUGGAACGCCGGGAAAGGUCGAUCCGGAGAGUGUCAAGUUGCCGCCGAAUGAGGACUUGCCGCCUGCCGAGGUGGAGCAGGAUUUGGAGGAGGUAGCCUACGUGGAUAGGAAGAAGGGGGAUGAAGAUGAAGAUGAGGUCGGUACUGAGGAUAAGGGGACGAAUUACGAGGAAGACAGCAUGACACAUGAUGACGAAUGGGACGAUUUAGCGAACGAUUCUGCCCUCGACGACCUGAAAAUGCUGAACGUCAACUUGAACUUCUGGUGA